AUGGAUAACCGCAGUUUGCUGCUGAGGCUCUCGAUUGUGGUGGCGCUGGUUCUGCUGCUCGUAUGCGUGCCGGAAACGGAUGCGGGUUCCAGAAGCCACCAGAAAAAGAAGAAAAUCGUGAUUCACGUGCCCAUCCACAAGAAGAUCGAAAAGCACAUACACACGGUGGUGAAACACGUGCACCACCACCACAAGCCGCUUGUUCUGAAGGAGGAGAAGAAGGUGAUCCACGAGGACCACCGGCCCAUCCAGAUCCACCAGACCAAGGAGCACAUUCACCACCACGAGAAGCACGACCACCACGAUCACCACAAUCACCAUGACCACCACGAGCACCACCACCCACUGCCGCCGUCGGUGGCGCCACCCGCCCUCCCGGAACUCGAGGAGGAGGAGGAGGAGGAGCACAUCCACCACCACCACAACUACGAGCACAGGGGCGGACUGCGGGACGACUUCAUCGGAGGCGAUGGGAGCAGCAGCGAGGAGCGCUGACUAUGCAGCGCCCAAAGUGGGGCGCAGACUGACCCGAUCGUGGACGUGGGCCCAUCGCCCGGACUGUCCCGACACUUUGUGAUUCCCUAGAUACGUACACAUCCUUUUUGUUUGUUUUUUUUUGCUAGCCUAAAUCGUAUUUUGUAAGUGUGAAUGGACAUGUAGUUAAAUCGGAAUAAGGAGAAUUUAGUUUUAGAAAACGUGAAUGGCAAAAAUCUA